CAAUCAAACUGUCAGCGAACUCAUCUUAAAAAACAGUGUAAUUUUUGAGGUUGCUUCACGCUUCAGUUUGGACCCUAGUCAUAAACUGGGUUAAACUGGGCACUGUGUAAUAACAGACUGACAGUAAAUCAAACAGCAGUGUCAGUAGCAUCCAUUUCUUGAAAUUUGAAUCGUGUUUGGUUUCCUAUGUUUGUUGUUUGACGCCAUGCCCAAAAAUGAACUUGUUGAUCAUUUUAGUUGUCUCCUUAAAAAAUGCAUUACCAUCCACCAAAUCAAACAGCUUCACACCCGUAUCUUCUUACUGCUCAGCCAAUCUUCCAGUGUUGCUUUUUUGGCAGCUGGACUUGUUUCGGCAUAUUCGAGUUUCGGGUGUCUUAAGGACGCCCGGAAGGUGUUUGAUACAAUGCCGCUUAGCUGCAUUUCCAAUAAUACAUUGCUGUGGAAUUCUAUUUUGAGAGCUCAUAACAAAAAUGAGGGGUUUAGUGACACCCUUGAGCUAUUUUUUCGAAUGAGAGGUUUUGGCGUAUUCGCGGAUGGCUUUACUCUUCCGCUAGUCAUAAGGGCUUGUGCUGCUUUGGGUGGUGGUAAUGUUUGUGAGAUGAUUCAUUCUCAUGUUUUUCGACUGGGAUUUCAGAAUAAUCUUCAUGUUACUAAUGCAUUGUUGGGUAUGUAUGGCAGACUUGGGCGGAUGGAUGUUGCGACAAAAGUUUUUGACAGGAUGCUUGUCAGGACACAUGUAUCUUGGAAUACUGUGGUGUCUGGAUUUUCACUUAAUUAUGAUUGUGAUGCUGCUUUUAGGAUUUUUCGGAGAAUGAAGGUUGAGGGAUAUGAACCUAAUCCUGUAACUUGGACGUCUUUGUUAUCGAGUCAUGCUAGGUGCAGACGUUUUGAAGAAGCGUUGAAAUUGUAUGGUGAGAUGAGAACUGCAGGUGUUGAUUGUACUGCAGAAGCACUUGCUUUGACUAUAUCAGUAUGUGCUAAUUCUAAUGCUCUUCACACAGGUGAGGUGAUACAUGGAUAUGUUGUUACAGCUGGUUUUGAGGACUAUUCCUUUGUAAAAAACUCUCUUAUGAGCAUGUAUGGGAAACAUAGAGCUGUAAGAGACGCUGAAUAUCUCUUUUCUGAAAUACAACAAAAGGAUAUUGUUACAUGGAACACUUUGAUAUCAUGCUACGCUGAAAGUGGUUUAUGUGAUGAAGCUUAUUCUAUCUUUCUAGAGCUGAAAAAAUUGGAUGUCUAUCCGAUGGUGAGGCCUAAUGUAAUAAGUUGGAGCGCUGUUAUUGAUGGAUUUGCUUCCAGUGGGCGUUUUAAGGAAUCUUUAGAACUCUUUCGUGAAAUGCAGCAUUCUGGAAUCUUUUCCAACUCUGUGUCAUUUUGUAGCAUUUUAUCGGCUUGUGCAGAACUAUCAGCACUCAUCCUUGGUAGGGAGAUCCAUGGCCAUGUGAUCAAAGGCUCACUGGAUAGUAAUGUCCUUGUGGGAAAUGCACUGGUAUGUAUGUAUACGAAAUGUGGUAGUGUUAGGGAAGGGAAUUUUGUCUUUGAGAAAAUAAUUGGUAAGGAUACUAUUUCAUGGAACACAAUGAUUGCCGGGUAUGGUAUGCAUGGACUUGGCGAGAAAGCUCUAGGAACAUUUAGUCAGAUGAUUGAGUCUGGAUAUGAGCCAGAUGGCAUUACCUUUGUGGCUUGUCUUUCAUCAUGUAGCCAUGCAGGGCUUGUUAGUACUGGACGCAAGCUUUUCGAUGAGAUGAAAAGGGAAUUCAAAUUUGAACCCCAGUUGGAGCAUUAUUCUUGCAUGGUUGACCUUCUUGGUCGUGCUGGGUUGCUCAAAGAAGCGUAUGACAUGGUAAAAAGUAUGCCAAUGGAACCAAAUGUUUGUGUAUUGGGGGCCCUUCUAAACUCUUGUAGGAUGUAUAAAAAUACAGAUGUAGCACAAGACAUUGCCUCGCUUAUGUGCAGCCACAGCUCUGCAGUGACUGGAAGCUACAUGUUGCUCUCAAAUAUAUAUGCUGCAAGUGGCAGAUGGGAGGAUUCUGCAAAGAUGAGAAUCUCAGCAAGGACAAAGGGGUUGAAAAAGGUUGCUGGCUCGAGUUGGAUUGAGGUGAAGAAGAAAGUUUCAGUGUUCUCAUGCGGAAAAGCUGUGGAGACGGGGAUGGAUGAACUUUGCGGUAUACUUCAAAUUUUGAGUUUACAAAUGGAGGAAAAGGCAUCUGAAUAUUAUUUUUGACUCUCGAGAUACAGGUUUCGAUUACUGCUAUGAGGUUGUGCUUUCGAUAUUGCGGUACAUUGUGAAACUGUUCAACUUACUUAUUCAUUUGCAUCUGCUGAACGAGUGUGUAUGGGAAAGGAGGUGAGUAUAGAAUAUAGAUGUGGUAAAUUAUAGCAGUGAUGUUGGAAUUGAGAAUGGGAAUGGUUUGAGGAUUGAACCGAAGCGCGACCAUCAGUGUUUAGAUGAUGAGACUGAAGGAAUGCCAUGCCCGAAAGAACAGGCCACAGAAGGUUUAAAAGAUGGUAAGGAAUCGGAGGAUUCGAAAGAACAGCCUAAGAAAGUGUCUGAUGAAAUGUGCUCGGAAGUUUCAGACAUGCUUCGAGUAUUCAUACCCCAAGUAGUCAAAAGAUAGAGGAAACAGUGAGUGAUAACCUAGGUUAAACUGCUGCGAGUGAUAAUCAUUGUGAAACUACUCCGGUGUUAGUGAUGGGCGAUACUACUGCUAGCUAUAAACCAGGUGAAACUAUUGCGAGUGAUAAUCAGGUGAAGCUAGUUCCAAGUGUUCUGGAAUUUUAGUACUGAGAAGGAGAGCUCCGGAAAUUUAGUACUGAGGAGAGCUUGAGCGAAGAGGAACAUGGUCGCAAUGGGAUCGAAGAAAAGUUGUAAUUCUCGAUUUGCGAUUGAAAAUCAGAAUCAUGCAAGCAUCAUUCAUUGGUAUUAGAAAAAUAACAUUAAAAUUCAGCAAAAAAAGCAAAGACUGUAAUAAUCAGAUAUUUGCUGCUCCAGCUAGGCAGUCUGUUAUUAGUAGUUGUGUUGACGGAUAUAACAAAUUGAUUAACUCGAGUUCUUCCUAGGAAAUGGAAUGCAAAACACAGAACAACAUAUAUUCUGGUAGUUCCCUGGUAAUCGUAGACAAACUCUUAUAAACUGGAGUUUUGGAAGGAGCUAGGGGGGUGAAGUAUGUGUCUACAUCUGGGAAUUUAAGUAUACAAAAUUUAACAUGAUCCAGUUAAGCUCUACUAAUCUUAAGAGUACAUUUAGGUUUAUGUAUUCUUAUUAUCUUCAGUACCCAAGUUAGUGACGACUGAAAAAGAAUAUCUCUUGCUUCCUUUUUUCUGUAGAGAGAGCUUUCUGGAAUUAUCAAAGAUUGGGGAUAUCUUUGUGGCUUCUUGACUUGCAUUUACUCCAAAGUGUUGAGUGCUCAUGCGUGUGAGAUGCAUGCUGGUAGCAGAGUUGCAUGCUGGUAGCAGAAGUAGACACCCCAAAAAUCAGAUUUUUCUUAGAAAGACAAUCCUAUUUAAAAAAUAAUACAAGAACUGGGGACUGCUCCAGUGGACAGGACUGCUCCAGUGGACAUGCUAGAAGAAGUUAAAUAACUGUAGCUGCUUUGGUCUGGUGAAGCUGAUGCCUAACAUAUACAUAUAAAUAUGUGUGUUUUCUUCUGCUUUUUGAUGAUCCAUAGAUGGGAAUAGUAAUGUUAAUUGUUGCAUUUAAAUAGUCAUUAAUGCUUUAUUGAAGCAAUUUACGAGCCUAACUUACCAGAAGACAUGAGGGUAGUCACAGUGGAGAGGUGACUGUAGAAUUAAUUGUUCAAAUCUUGUUCAGCCUCUGUUUUUUUUUGGUUCUAUGCAGCAUCGCUCCACCAAAAAAUUGAUUUGCCUAAAGCAGAUGACAGUUGCUACAACAAGUUCUGUGCGUGCAUAACUUUAAUACAAGGUAUUCUUAUAUCCACGCAUCCUUGUGCUCGUAAAUUUUAGAAUUGUUGAAGGGGAGCCCAAUUGUGCAUAAGAUUUUCUUGGAGACAUGUAGAUGUAUAUACAGUGUGUAGUAUGUAUAUGUGUGUGUGUUUGUGUGUGUGUGUGUGUGUGAGACUGCAAAUUUGUAUUAAAUAAAAAAGUAAUGAGGUGUCAGUAACUCUCGUGAUUUAAUAGGUAUGCCCCUGCUUGCAUUUGUUUUUACCACUUUUUGUGAGUGUGUAUGUUGUGUUGUUUCUGUCUACUAGUCAAACUGAUAAAAUCGCUUCCAUUCCACCUCUAAUUUGAAUUUGAGCCACAUCAGAGAAGGAAGUAGAUGCUGUUAGGAAAGUGACUGCAGUCUUAACAUUGGACAUAUUUGUGCUGUGUUCACCAUUUUCCCCAGAGAUGUUGUUUAGUAAUGGUUGGUUUUUGUGUUGCUUUAUAUCAUGCUUCUAGUUUUCAGGUUUUAGCUCCUAGUUUUGUUAAUUUCUGCAAAUUUCGUUACCCCGUAUGACAUUGUGUUACAGGACAGUGCACUGUGUCAGAAUUUCUUUACUACUUAAUUGAUGUAGUGAGCGACGCUUAAGUGCAGUAUGUGUGCCUCAUUUAUGCUAUUGUAGUGCUUUUAUAAACUUCCAGCAAGGCUUGAUGGUCAUUCUGAUAUACUAGAAUAUGUGGUUUAAAUCAAAGUUCUUUCUGUUCCGUCGACAAGUAUUUGAAUCCGUUGUAGUAUCUGCACCGUAAGUAUCAAGUGAUGUGGCUCGUGAUAUAUUCUGAUGGAAGUAUUAUUAAUCCAAUUGCAGGGGAGAUGUUUGAACUAGGAGGAUUUGGCUGGGAGCUCUGUUCUUGUUUACUAGAAUUUGUUCGAGAGCUGUUUGGAAA